AUGAAACGAAGAGAACGUAGCUGGAUGUAUAAAAGGACGAUUGGGCAAAGUAUUAAUCCAGAUUUCGUGAAAGGAGUUGAUGAUUUCAUUCAGUACGUCAGAGAUCAUCCCGAGAGUAGUAAUCCGGAUGAGGUUAGGUGUCCAUGUGUUAAAUGUAAGAACAAACGCCUUUGGAAUGCGGAUACGGUUAAAAUUCAUCUGUAUGACAAGGGUUUCGUACCUAACUUCUACGUAUGGAUGUGUCAAGGGGAGGGGUAUCCGGGAGUUCCUGAACGGCGGUCCAAUGAAUAUCAUGACAUGGUUUUGGAUGCUUUUGGUCAUAGUCAAGAUCAGGGGCAUUCCGAGGAGGCUAGUGUUUCAUCAGAGGAGGAGCCUAAUGCAACUGCUAAGCAUUUUUUGGAUUUGUUGAAGACUUCUGAAAGGCCAUUGUACGAAGGGAGUUCUUUGUCUGUGUUAGAGAUGGCCGCUAUAAUCACUAGUAUCAAAUGUGAGUAUAAUUUGCCUCACAGAUGUGUUGAUGGGUUUGCUUCUUUGCUAAGUGAGGCGAUUCCGAACAACAAUCAUAUGGCCGACACUUUCUACGAGGUGAAGAAGAUUGUGAAGGGGUUGGAACUGUCCCAUCAAAAGAUUCAUGCGUGGCCGAAAGCGUGUAUGUUGUUUUGGAAGGAUGAUGCUCAGUUGUCUGAAUGCAGGGUGUGUGGCAGCGACCGAUACAAGAAGACUUCCAAAGAGUUCAAGGCACAAUGGAACACCUUAGUGACAGCGCAGCUUGGAAGCACCUCGAUUGUCGGUUUCCAGAGUUUGCUUCUGAGCCUCGUAAUGUUAGACUUGGCUUGUGUACAGAUGGUUUUGCUCCUCAUGCCGUUGAUAGAGGAGUUGAAACUGUUGUGGGAAGUCGGCGCGGCUACUUAUGAUAUUUCAAAGAAACAGAAUUUCAAUCUUCGAGCAGCCAUCCUAUGGACCGUUAGUGACUUCCCGGCUUAUGGCAUGUUGUCUGGUUGGGCCACGGCUGGUAAGAAAUCUUGUCCAAAUUCCAUGGAUAAGACCAAAGCAUUUUGGCUUGAACAUGGUGGUAAAGUUUCUUGGCUUGAUUGCCACCGACAAUUCCUACCGACAAAUCACCCUUUUCGGAACAGUAAAACAGCAUUUUGUAAAAACAAAGUAGAGAAAGGAGCCCCUCCACACAUCAUGUCAGGAGAGGAGCUGUGGGAAUGUGUUAAGGACCUUCCGAAGGCUACAGAUGGACCUGAUUCAAUUAAAAGGCUGAAAAAUGAAAAUAAGGGGUGGUUUAAGCAAAGCACCUUGUGGGAGCUCCCAUAUUGGAAGCAUCUCCUCAUUCGUCACAACUUAGAUGUCAUGCACAUCGAGAAGAACUUCUUUGAUCAGUUAAUUCACACUGUAAUGGAUGUGAAAAAGCUUACGUGUGACACCCCUUCAGCUCGGAAUGACAUUGCUAAAUAUUGUAAACGUCCCCAGCUUCAUCUUCAAGAGGAUGAUAGAGGAAAAGAGGUAAUGCCAAAGGCUCCAUUCGCUCUUGACAAGGCUCAGAGAAAAGUUUUGUGUGAGUGGGUUAAACAGCUGCGAUUCCCUGAUGGUUACGCCUCCAAUUUGAGCAGAUGUGUAGAUUUGCAAGCGUGUAAGCUCUAUGGAAUGAAAAGCCAUGACUGUCACGUGUUCAUGGAGAAGAUGUUGCCCACAGAUUUGAGGGAAUUGCUCUUUGGCCAUAUUUGGAAUGCAAUUACAGAGAUCAGCCAAUUCUUCUGA